UGUUAGCACUCCGUCAAGCGGCAAAAAUUUGUGUUACAUUGGGACUCGCUUGACUUUGUUGGCUUAGCCGAGGUUUCACUUCCCCUUCUCCGCAACUAGUAGGGGUCGUUUGGAAGUUGCGAUUCUUCAUUUGAUUCUCAACCCUUCACACGACCCCCUAAGUUGCGAGUUUUCCCUUCCCAUUCUCCGCAACUUCCGAACGACCCCUAAGUGAUCGAAUCUCAACCCUUCGAAUCAACUCGAGUUCAGAUAGUGAAAUCUCGAUCAUUUGAUUCUUCAUUUUGGGCCUUGGUAAAUCUACUCGUGCAAAUGAUCUUAACACGACGCCGUUUCGUCAUUCGGAGCCUGAGAAAGAAACGAAAAUACAGUGAAAUCAAUCGGCGACAAAAGCCCCUCUUCUCUUCAUCAGUUGUCCCCAAACCAAAACCUCUGUGCUCCGUAUUCCCCCUUGCCGCCGGUGAAUCAGAAUCGACGAAUCCGCCAAGUCUUCUCUUCGUUCUCCACCGGCCGAAGUGUUGUUCCUCUCCAUUUCCGUCUUUCGUCUUCCUCAGGUGUUAUUUUUCUUCUGCGACUCUCCGUCGGAAAUCCGCGGCGGAUCGGAAUUUCGAAGCAGGGUAGCGGCUUUUGUCCAAUGUUACAGCGAUGCAGCACAGCGGUUUCUCGUCUCUCGAAGCUUGGGUCGACCUCUUCUAUGGAGGCUCUGCGGAAAGAUGCGAUCUUCACUCCACGGCAUUGGUAUGCUACGGCUGCUGCUACUGCUACUGUGGCGCCUGCUCCUAAUGAUUCUACUGCCAAGGGAUCUCCUCUGAAAUCAGUGGUAAAUUUGGACAAAAUGUUCUGGUCGAAGCCAUGUUCUUUGGCUCUAGCUCCUGAUUCCCGGUUCAGAAUUGAAGAGCCCAAAUAUGAGGGAUUCCGUCAUGUUAUCUAUAAGAUGCUUUUGUUUUAUAGCAAGCAGAGCAAAUCGAUUCGGGGAGCUAAUGUGGUGUACCGAAGGAUCCUUCAUCAAGUAGAUAAACCUGCUAUUUAUGAAGUUUUCAAUUUGGAGAAGACCUUUAAGAUGACAUUUUCACUACUUGUACUUCACAUGUGGCUUUGCUUACGCCGACUAAAACAAGAAGGGAAAGAAGGUGCUGAAUUUGGUCAAUACAUUUAUGAGAGAUACAAUCACGAUGUGGAGCUUAGAGUAUCCAAAGAAGGGGUUAACUUGUUACUGACAAAAUGGAUGAAAGAGUUGGAGAAGAUAUUCUAUGGAAAUAUUGUUGCUUAUGAUGCUGCCUUACUACCUGAGGCUAAACCAGAUGAGCUGUCCAAGGUGAUAUGGAGGAAUGUGUUUGCUGACGAUGGUGAGUCGCAGCCAGAUGAUGCUGCAUUGCGCACAGUCCAGGCAAUGACAAGGUACGUUCGUAGAGAAGUCAGUUGUUUUUCAUUAACAGACAAAGAAGCCAUGUAUUCAGGGAACUUCAUGUUCACGUCCCUGGACAACAUUCCAUCGGUUUCGGCCAAGAGAUAAAGAUAAAGUAGAUGAUGUGAAGAUCUUUCAACUCCAUAAGAGGUUCUUCUACUAGAGUAGCUUUCAUUGUUCGAAACAGCCCUGUUCUUGCUUCAUGGAUUUUACAUAGAAUGUUACCGCUACUUGCAUACCAUUUCAUCAGCUAAAGAUGACAGGAAAGUGCCCCUUUUCGCCGCGAGGAGGCUCAAAUCUGGAGGAAUCCGGAGAACAAUAAUCAGACAUCAUGAUA